UGCGAAGAAAUCAUGACCGCCCUAGACGAAUGCCACGCCCGUGGCUUCCUGUGGAAAGCGCUGGGAAACUGCAACGAGAUCAAGCGCGAGGUGAACCGCUGUCUGGCAGCGGAGCGGUUCCAGCGGGCCAAGAAGAACCGGGACGAGGCGCGCGGGAACCGCAAGCGGAUCGAGCAGAUCUGGGCG